CAUGUUAUCAUUCCUUUUUCCUUCCCACUUUUGAAUCAAUUAUAAUAACAAACCCACGCUCCCUUAAUCAUCCCCCAAGACCUCCCAAGUCAUGCCCUGCAUUUUAAGGCUAGCAUCCAUUCAAAAAAUUAAAAGAGAGAGAAUCAAAUAAUUUCCUACUUAAUUAGGGGUAAAUUUUGUUGCUUAUAUAUAAUUCAAUGCAUAAUUGCGAUCUACACCUUUAACCAAGUAGCCCCUAGCUAGUUCCAACACUAAUUACCCCGCAAUUUCUCAUAAAUUAGUUUAUUCCCCCAAAAAAUUCAAAACGAGAAAGCUCAGUUUCCUCUCCAUCUCUAUCAAUGGCGUCUCCCGCCACAAUCGCUCUGAUCAUUUUUCUGUUACAUUCGUUUAGAAUUGAAGCGGAAGAGAUAAAAUCGGCGCGCCUCCUCGAUCUCAUGAUCCGCGACUACACGUUCAAAUCCUACACCAAGAGUUUCCGCACUGGAAAGCUCCAUAAGAUCAACCUUCCUUCUAAUCUCUCCGGCAUACACGUGGACACGGUCCGGCUCCGCUGCGGUAGCCUGCGCCGUUACGGAGCCACGAUAAAGGAAUUCGAGCUCAGCGCAGGCACAUACGCCCGCCCCUGCUCGAAAAGAAUUUUAAUAAUCCGCCAAAAGCUGGGAUCGAACUGGUCGUCGCUGUAUUACUCGAACUACGAGCUCUCCGGGUACGAGCUCAUAUCCCCGGUGCUAGGCCUGCUGGCCUACAACAUCGGGGCGGCCGCGGAGGUCCGGAUCCAGGCCGGGAUGAGGCCGAUCAAGAUCGACUUCAGCGGCGCGAAUGAGAAGAAUGGGAUGAUCCCGAUGUGUGCGAGGUUCGAGGAGGACGGGAGGGUGAGCCUGUGGAGGCAGCCGCGGGCGAACGUGUGCGUGGCGACGGGGCAGGGGCACUUCGGGGUGGUGGUGGAGUCGCCGCUGGUGCCGCUGAGGAGGAGGGAGAGCCAGUGGAGGAUGGCGGUGGGGGGAGCCAUCGGGGCGGGGGUGGGGGUGUUUCUGCUGAGCCUGCUGGCGAGGGCGGUGCUGGUGAAGGCGAAGAAGAAGGCGAGGAUGGAGGAGAUGGAGCGGAGGGCGUAUGAGGAGGAGGCGCUGCAGGUGUCCAUGGUGGGCCAUGUGAGGGCGGUUACUGCUUCGGGGACGAGGACUAUGCCCAUCAUCCACCACCACCAUGACUCUCGACCUCCUCAUCGGCCUUCCAGUUCCUAGACUUCUUUUUUUUUUUUGUCAAUUAGGAUUAUUGAUGAUUUAAUUAUAUCUGCAAUAGGUUGAUAGUUGCAGCAGAGGAGUUAGACAGGUAGAUUCUGAUACUAGAAUAGAAUUUCUGUUUAUCACUUUGUGCAGAUUUUGAGAAUAGAAUUUCUG